AUGUCUUUUCAAGAAGUUACGAAGCGAGUGAAAGCGGAGAUCGAAAUCGUAGAGAAAAUCCCCGAUCUGAAAAUUAUUAAGCCGAAAGUUUUUCCCGAUGAUCGAGGGUACUUCGUCGAACGAUUUAACAGUGUCGAAUGGGCUGAGGAACUAAACUUCAAGGAGGAUUUUAAGCAGGACAACCACUCCUACUCCAUAAAAGGAGUGUUGCGAGGUCUCCACUCCCAACCUGGUAUGGGAAAACUAGUAUCAGUGAUAUCUGGUGAGAUUUUUGACGUAGCUGUGGAUUUGCGGCCUGGAAGCGCCACGUUUGGAAAAUGGCAUGGAGUUGUUUUGAACAGUACGAACAAUUAUGCAUUCUGGAUUCCUGAUGGAUUCGGCCAUGGAUUUCAGUGUUUAUCCGAGGAAGGAGCCCAAGUCUACUACAAAUGCACUGCUGUAUAUGAUCCCAAAACGGAGUACGGUAUUGAUCCCUUCGACAAGGACAUCAACGUGGAGUGGCCGCUGACUGACAAGGUGAUCGUGAGCGAUCGAGACAAAUGUCAUCAAAGCUUUAAGACAUUUUCCUCCAGAUAG